AGUUGGGAUCAUCAGCUUUUUCCCCCUCCUUCUCUACAGCUCAAAUGGGCAUCACAAACAGGCGCAUCGCAUAGGAACUGUGCCACAAAUGUACACUUCCAGAAUCGAUGUCACAGUUGUACAGAGCCAUCCUUUAUCAGCUGUGGUCUAAUCUAAUCUAUGUAUUGCAAAUCAGAUCUCAGCACCCUCCACCACCACCACCCCCCUUUCCCUUCUCUAUUGUCUCCACCUCCCUGCCUGCAACCCCCUUCUUCUCUGGCACUCUCUCUUCCUCCCUCCCUCUUUCUCUCUCUUUCUCUCUCUUUUCCUCCCAUCCCUCCUUCCCUCCCUCCCUCCUUCUCGCCUGCUCUAUCUCUCGAAGUCUUUGGGAUCCCCCCAAUCCACAGUCUCUGUCAUUCGCUGUUGCACCUUACCCCUCCCUGCUGUUACCUGUUGACACGACCAGCACCCAGGUGCCACCACUGCCAAUGACGGUGCGCCGUGGAGAUCGUGCUCCGGUCCCAAUCCGGGAACACAUGGCAAUUGAUGUGUCCCCAGGGCCUAUCCGACCCAUUGCCCAAAUCUCUGCGUAUUUCCCACAUCCUGGCCUGGAAGGGGUGCUGUCCACACGAGACCGGAUGAGAGGCCAAGGGGCAACAACUGUGUCCUCUGGAACUGGAGAAGGAGAAUCAGCAGAUGGAGACGAUUCAGAUGAGAACACAUCCCUUGGGACUCUCGAUUUUGACCUUCUCUACGAUCCCGAUAGCUGCACCCUCGACUGCACCAUUCUCCGGGCCAAGGGGCUGAAGCCAAUGGAUUUUAAUGGUCUGGCCGACCCCUAUGUCAAACUGCAUCUCCUCCCUGGAGCCUGCAAGGCAAACAAACUGAAAACACGAACCCAGCACAACACUCUCAACCCUGUGUGGAAUGAGUCCCUAACAUACAAUGGGAUAACUGCUGAGGAUAUGGCCCGGAAAACUCUGCGAAUCUCUGUCUGCGAUGAAGAUAAACUGACCCACAAUGAGUUCAUUGGAGAGACCCGGGUGCCGCUGAGACGCCUGCGGCCUGGCCAGAAGAGGCAUUUCAACCUGUGCUUGGAGCGGCAACAACCGGUGAGAGUGGAGCGUAAGGAGUUUGUAUACCCCAAACUGGCUUCACCUUCCUCCAUGACAGCUGCUCUGCGUGGAAUCUCCUGCUAUCUGAGAGAGCUAGAGCCUCCAACUGGCUGGGCCCUGGAGGAAAGGGGCCGCAUCCUCCUGGCCCUUACAUACAUCUCCGAGCGCCACGGACUCCUGGUGUCCAUCCUCCGCUGUGCCCACUUAGCUGCCAUGGACGUGUGUGGCUACUCAGACCCCUAUGUCAAAGCAUAUCUGAAGCCAGACGAAGAAAAGAAAUCGAAGCAUAAAACAACUGUGAAAAAGAAGACAUUGAAUCCAGAAUAUAAUGAGGACUUUUUCUACGAGAUUGAGCAGUCAGAUCUUGGCCAGAAAUCUCUGGAGAUAACAGUUUGGGAUUACGACAUUGGGAAAUCCAAUGAUUUCAUUGGUGGGGUGACCCUUGGUCUAGGGGCCACAGGAGAAUGCCGACAGCAUUGGCUCUCAUGCGUUCAGACCCCUGACUGCCGCCUUGAGCAUUGGCACACACUCACCAACGAGCUCCCAGAAUCCUCUGCUUUCGGUCCUUGAGACGCCUAAAGAACUGCUUCUUCCCAUCCUGCCUGCCAAAAAAACAAAAAACAAGGAGGAGAGGCACAGCACCAAGGGCCCCUCCUUUGCACGAGGACGUUUGCACGUUUUCAAAAUUACUUGUUGUUGGUGUCCAUUUAUAUUAUGCUCUAGGGAAGGGCUGUCCCCUCUUCGGGUCUGCUGUGCUAAGGCGAUGAGGGAUUAUGAGGUUUGAGGGGGGAGAUUAUACAUAGGGAGAACAAUGGAGGGAAAAGAGGAUGCUAAUAAGAAAGAUUGUGCCACUUUUUAAAAGUCAAAAUCCAAAUCAAUGAAAGUUUACAACACCCAGCUAUUUUUCCCUGAACUCCCAGAAAAUCUCUUUUUCCCAAAUUGCCCGUGGAUACAAAAUACAGCUUUUGAUAUCAACCUUUUGAAUUAAGAAAAAAACAAAACAAAACAGCUUCUGGCAGACAAACCUACAGCAUGGGUUUUUAAAACAGGCAAACGCAAGAAAUGAAAUGCACUUUAAAGCCCACGUUCUCUAACAUAAUUUCUUCCCAAGGUCCAAAACUUCUUUUCUCCUUGUUUCCAUACCAACAUCUUCCCCUGCUCUUCGUAACCUGGAAUGACAUAUGCAAUUUGCACUUCUGAACCAUUAAAAAGAGUGUCCAUACUCUCUUGGCUUCCUGGGUAGAUUAAAGGGGCUUCCAUCUGGCACAUUUCUUCCUCGUAACUCAGCUUGUUAAGAGGCAUAUUAGCUCGGCUGCUCAUAACCACUGACUUUUAAGGACAGAGAGAGAGACCCUCCGCAGCCUCCCUUCCUGCAUACAGAGUGAGGAGAAAAAAUAUUGUGCCCUUAAUGAGCCACCUCUGGCUUUCCUUCCGUCUCUUUCAGAAACGCUGACUACUUCCAGAUUUUACAAAAAAACAUGCAAGGCCCAGUUCACCUUUCUUCUUGAUAUAGAGGAAUUCAGUAUUUCAUUGAACUGUAGAAUGGGAAGGGGUCAUGUAGACCAAAUGCUUCACAAACUAAUUGAUGAGGCAGAUCAGCAGAUUUUGCCCCCCUACGCCAAGGCCUUGUGCCAUUUUUUUUCAUAUUUGCAUUGUUUCUUCAAAGUUCAAUGCAGGUUCUAUAGAAGCAUUUUCAUGGGCCAUUUGAAUCUAAACUCUCUACUUCAGGGACCUAGACCUAAAAUAUCCUGAAUGGGUGGUUGCUUCAUCUAUGCUUGGAGAACUCCACCGAUGGGAGAGAACUGCUACAAGUUUCAAUAAUUGGCUCAGUCGCUAAACUGCUCUUUCCAUCAAGAAUGUUCUUCUCGUUAUGCUCAACUUAACUCUAUCCUCCCAUAGCUUAACCUCAUUAGAUCGAGUUGCAUCCUCUGGAGUACAAAGUAUUUGCCCUCUUCUUUCUGAAAGCCCUUUGGAUUUUUGAAAUAUGCUGUCAUGACCUUCCCUGCACCUAGUCUUGUCUUUUCUGAGCGAAACCAUUACUUCACUUCUUCCUCAUAGCACUUACUUUUCCACAUCUUUUGCCCUUCAUUGUGCCUAUCCCAAUUUAUCUAUUUCUUUGGAGCCCCUGGUGGUGCAAUAGGUUAAACCCUUGUGCCGGCAUGACUGAAAACCGACAGGUCAGAGGCUCGACUCUGGGAAAUGAAGAUGAGCUCCAUCUGUCAGCUCCAGCUCCCCAUGCAGGGACAUGAGAUAAGCUUCCCACAAGGAUGGUAAAACAUCAAAACAUCAGGGUGUCCCCUGAGCAACAUCCUUGCAGAUGGCCAAUUCUCUCAGAGUAGAAGCGACUUCUCACGUUGCUCCUGACACACACACAAAAAAUCUUAUUUUUUUAAUUGUGGCAGUCAGAAGAAGGCACAGGGCUCCGAAUGAGGUUGCGCUAGCACACAAUGAAAUGGAGCUAUUACACCUUAUAACUUGGGAUGAUCGUUCUAUUAAAGCAGCCAAAAUCACAUUAGGUUUUAUCGCAGCUGUAUUGCACUGCUGCCUUGGCUUUGACUGACUACAGUCCCAAGAUCCUUUUUACACCUACUGCCGCCAAGCCAGCUAUUCCUCAGUCUGUAAAUCUGCUUUUUUGCUUCUUCACUGCAGGACUUUUAUUUCCUCUCUCAAAAUCCCCAUCCAGUUUAAUAAGGAAUAAUGGGAGGAACUUUGCUAACAUAGUUUUCAAAUACAACUGCAAAUAUCGUCCUCUAGGCCUCACUUAACUACUUGGCUGAUCAAACUUUUAUGGGGGGCUUUUGUCAGGUGUUUUGGCCGAAAUCAAAAUAAAUUGCAUCCCCAUCAUUCCCACAAUUUGUGAAGCUCGUAACCCAAUCGUCUUAAGAAUUUAAGCCUGUCAAGAAUAAAUCUUCUUUAAUCUCCUGAUUCUACUUAACACUGUACCAUUGUCGGGUCGUAAGCAUCUUCCUACCUUUUUUGUAUUUUUCUUCUGAGUGGUCACUAUGAGCAGCCUGUAGUGUCCUAGAUCUUCCGCUUCUAAUGUCUGUGAACAGUCAGUUUUUUAACUUAUCUCCAGACCUGUGGUACUCCAGUCAUUGUCUGGGGAUUGAAUGCAUUUAUAUAGAGAUAAAUUGUGAAAGCACAACAGGAGAAUUCCUAGAUUGAUUUUCCUCUGACAUUGGAGAGCUAAACUCAUUUAAGGUGCCUAUUUCUGAAGCGAUUCUUUACCAAUCUCAAACUACAGUCCUGACUUCUUGUGAACUAAUACCAUUAAUCCAAGGUUGCAUGCAAUCCUUUUGGGGGAAAGGUGAAGGUAACACAUGUUUUGAGCAGUUCUGCAUUGCUUUUAAAACCGAUUGAACACUUUACCAUCCAUACUGAGUAGCAGGCCUAUUGUAUUCUUUAGUAUUCUCGGCCUUCAAACAUACUCAAAAAUCUAUUUUCCUUGCUCUUAAAAGACAGCCUUAGCACAUUCUAAGUUACAGAUUUCUUGACAUUGUUCCCACAAACCUGGGAAAAUCAUUUUAAACAUACCUUUAAAAUAUUGUGCGCAUUCCUUUUUGUUUCUCAUCCUUUGGAUGCAGUCUCACAAUGACAUUUGUACGUUUCUCCCAUUGUCCUUCCUUAUUGGAAUGAUUUGCAAUUGUGCCUUUAGCAAUGCCUUAUUUCGGAGAUUAACCUGACAAAUAGUGCAAUUUCUGGGCAUCGGUCAGGAAAGCAGGAUCGGCCAAUGGUCAUCCAUCUUGUGUUUACAGGCCUAGAAGUAGCUAGUUUGAAGGGUGCUGGUGGUAAAAUUCAAGGCAGUAGCUAUCAUGCAUUUAGCUUAUUAUUAUUAUUAUUAUUAUUAUUAUUAUUAUUAUUAUUAUUAUUAUUAUACCACUAUGUGGCGAACAGGCACCAUUUGAGUUUUCUGCCUCUGGUACUGAAACACCUUCAUCUAUCUCCGGAGAGGCAUCCAUUUUUCCUCACUAUUUAACUAAGCAAAAUGCAGUACCAAAGUAAAAAAAAACCACAUUAAUAUAUAAGAUAUAUUUUUAGAGAGAGGCAGAAUCUUCUUUCUAUGCUUAUAAGCUGUCAUAUAGAUUUUAAUUUCUCUUAAAUCUACUCUCACCUGAAUAUAAAAACAUAGCAUGCUUUUCCCAGUUUCUAAAAACUGUAUGUUCCCUGCCAACAUGGUUUCUUGGUAGGUAUCCCAUCACCACUUACAAACAUCUGUAGCAAAAAUACUCCUACUAACAAUAAAAAUACUGCCGUAAGUAGCAAGAUUCGGUGCCUACUAGGAACGGUUUAGUAAAAUACAUACAACUUAAAAGUCUGGGGAUAUUUCCAUUUUAUAUAAAAAGUAUCUCCAUCUAGAGUCUGAUGGAUAAUCUUCUCCACCAGAUAUUUUUGGAAGCAUUUAAGUCUUCAAAUGUUUACACAAGCAGUGAAAAACUCUUUCCUGCUUCUUAAAGAGGUUUGCUCCCUUUUUUCCGGCUCAGGAGAUUUCAAGCACUUUUUCAGAAUUCCUUCCCUUUUAAAGGAUUUUUCCCCCUUCUUUGGCUAGAAAAAGAAGAAACGUGGAGAAAUUCAGCCCAUCUUGUGAACGGAUAUACUCUUCUCAGAUGAAUUUCUCUUCAUUAGUAAAAGAUGGGAAAGAGUGGAAAAACCUCUUGUCUCACUCUGAGGCAAACUUUUCUAAGGGCUUACAGGGUUUAAGUGUAGAGGGAAGAGAUAGGAUUGGGAUUUGAGGAAGGGGAAGUGGGGAAUAUAGAAACUGCAACCGGAAUUUUUUAUAUAUACAUAUAUACAAAACAAAGAGAUCCCAUUUAUUGACUUGCAUGAUUUUUGGAGUCUGUAAACAAAACAAAAUAAAAUGGUGGGGCACAAUCCCCUUCACACA